UCUCUCUGUAUGAGGUUAAUCUACAGUUGUCAGUUGACAUAUUUCAAUGAGUAACAAUUAUAUUUUACGUUGUGGUACAUAUUUAUAAUUAGCUAUAUUUUUUUAUUGUUUAUUUUAAAAAUAAUAAAAUGACUUCCAAAUCUGAAGUCAUGUUGGAACAUUUUUACAUUUUUAAUGGCACAUACGCUAAGAAAGAAGGAGAGGAAGAAAAGAAAAUAUUAUACUAUUAUCCAGAAAAAGAUUUAGAUGUUCAAAUUAAAAACAUAGGGCUCAGCGAAGCAAUAAUCAAGUUUACAGAAUCGUUUAAUCCUGGUCAACCCUGUGAUUAUUGUCAUACACACAAAACACGUCAAAUAUACUACCAACCAGAGCCUAAUUUUUGGAUGGUUAUGAUUGUUGGUAUACCGUACAUUUAUAAAGAAGGAGAUGGUAACAAAUAUCAAAAUGAUGAAGUAUCUAGUAGUAUUUGUCAAGCUAUAUUGAAACAGACAUAUAUGAUGUUUAGAUUAUUUAUGGGCUCCUUUGAAACUAUCAUUAAUGAUCCUGAAUGUGGUUCUGUAAUGUUACUGAAACUUAAACUGGAACAUUUUUAUUCACGAUAUCUGCUCUCACUAAAAUUAAAUAAUAGCGAUAUUUUAGAUAUCUUUCAAGGUUUACAAUUUUUACCUCUUGAUAAGAUUACAUUUCUUAAGGUACAAUGUUUCAUGAAUCUAGUGGAAGCUAUGUUUACACAAAUUAAAUACACAGCAUUUCUUUAUAAUGACCAAGUUGUUUGGAGUGGAUUAGAACCUGAAGAUAUGCAAGUAGUUUAUAAUUAUUUAGUGAGCACUCUUUUACCAGCUCAUCUUGAAAAAGAAUUGCACGGUGGUUCUAUACCUAGAAAUUCUCCUUCACCAUUCACAACUUCACAUUAUGGAAAAUUUGUUACUGGGCCUGCUAGUGUUAACGAGCCUAAUUUAAUUGGAAAAUCACCAAAAGUUUUUAUCAAUUACUCUACCAAGCCUGUAUCACUGUAUCUAGUAGUAUAUCGAGCCUUAAGUGCUACAAUAUGUCUCUUUGUUGAUAAAAAAACUAGUUUAUUAAUUGAUUUUUUCAAGAGCUUAGAUAGCUUUCUGGGUCCACAGUUAACCACAUUGGUCAGCUCUGUAGCCGAGCAAUGCUCUAAACAUGUAACAGUCACACCAGAAUCCUGUACAAAGUAUCUAUAUUUCAAUAAACUAAAUCUAGCAUACAAAAGUACAAUACAUUUAGAUAACAGAUGCUAUUCUAAUGUUCUUACAACACCUGAAGUGUUGAGAAUUAUCACUGAUAUAUAUAAUGAUAGAAACAGAUUGAACGAGGCUGGAGAAAUAAUUAUAAAAACUAUAAGUGAUUAUUGGAUUGUUGGAAAAUUAUCUAAUUUGAGAGAAUUCUUUGUUAUUAUACAGCAGAAAAGUGCAAGUAUUAUAGAAAUUGAUGAUGAAGUGAAGAGGCUUUGUGAGAAACAAUUGAAAAGUAUUUUUUUUCACUAAUAAAUAUAUAAUCAAUAAAAAUAAUGAAAUCACAAACACAGAUUCUUUCAUUUUUGACUAAAUAAAAAUAAUAUUAAAUUCUUGAAUGUCGCCAGUAGGUAAAAUAAAAUAAUGUAAUUUGAAUCGACCACAUUGGCAAUUUAUUGGUUGGUA